GCCGCUUGCAUUUCGUUAUUUUCGGCAGAGCCGCUGAGCGCACACCAACCCGAAUCGUUCAACUGUUGGAAAGCAAACAAAACAUUCGCGUGGCUCAGUACAAAAUCAGCUCUCGUCACGUACAGAACGAAAAGUAAAGUCACCGUGAAGUCAUAACGGUUCGUGGUCGUGUUCGUUUGGCGUUUGAGAGUGUAUGUGCAAUGGUGAAUGUGAUUUUACGUUGCCGGUAAAACGAAGCGCAAAUUCGUGGUGUAUUAUUGCUGAAGGAAGUGCAACGAAACGAAACGAGUAAUAGACGACGCGUUGAAGCGAGCGCCGGAAUCGGAAGUAAAAUGUAGUGUAAAGUGAAUUGCGUGCGCUAUAAAGAAUAAUCAAAGCAACAACCACCCACUGUGGCAUGCAGAGGUGGUGAGAGUAUGCGAGUGUUUCAUGCACUUGUGUUGCGAAAAAAAAGUAGGAAGUGUGGUGAAUUUUGAAAUAUAUUAAUGCUAUACAGCUAUACGAGUACACACAAGCGACAAGCAUAACAACUCGCGUGAUAGUUAAAUAGUGGUGGCGUGUCGUGUAAAGUGAUUCGGCAGCCGAUUGCUUGUAUUAAGCCGAAAAAUAGUUGGCUACUACUAGAAAACUGGUCCAUGCGUGCAGAUAAUUAGCAAACGCUUGCACGUUCGCAACGUCAGAAGAACGUCAGCAGCUGACCGUGUUGGACCACUGACACGGCAGCUCCAAUCCAACGACCCCAGUGCGGGUAGAUAGACAAAAUCAAAAUCAAAGUCGCUACCAACGGCCAAGUGUUAAGUGUGUAGAAAACUAUAAUAUUUUUUUUUCAAUAAAAUUUGUUAUUGUUGUGCGUGCUAAGCAAGCUUGCAUGCGCUUAUGCGCCCAAGUAGGCUGACUGACCUGUCAGUGAUUUUUUCGUCUUCUUUUUUGUACAUUCGCCACAUAACGGACAGCUGUUGCGCGUGUUCGUGUGCGGCUAUUUUAUUUGGUAUUCAGCGUCGUCGUCGUCGUCAACGUCUGGUCGCCGCGAGACUAGACCGGAGCCGGUAGACAGUGUGACGCCGAGACACCAGCUAGCGUCGUGACGAAUGUAGUUUUUUUCGAGUUGAGUGUAUGUGUUGUCUCGGCAGCAUAUAAUUUAUAAAGACUUAUGCACACACUUUAAGUGCGCGAAAGGAAGAGUGUCUCGUGUGGCGUGUCUCGAAAAAUUAAUCACCAAACAACGCGCGCGUGGGCUACGACUGAUAAGCAACAGCGGUGUGCAAAGUCAAUCACAAAAGUGAUAUUUCACGGCGCAACAGAAAAGAAGGAGGGCAAAUACGACACGUUCGUUGAUGGCAGAAACGUAUUGAGCUUGCCACCUUGCAGUACUUGGAGGCCUCCACCAGUAGACACGUCUAUGCAAAUUGGUUAAGGCGCGCGUUUAUAUACGUGAAAAUUUUUUGUUGUGGCCUGCAAAUUCAGUCGCCAAUACAGAGUUGCUAAUGAAAGCGCGCUAGAGCUCUUGGACUAGACAUUCUUUGUGUGUGAUUCUUUGCGAUUCUUGCCAGCGCGCAUUAAGUGCAACACGGUGUUAAGUGCAACGGCUUGUAGUGCAUUCCAGCGUUUGUGCUUUGUUCGUGUCACGAAUUCUUCUUUUUGCACAGAAUAACUCUGCGGUAGUCGCCCGUUCCGCACGCCGCAAAGCCCCAAUGGGCAAUUAACGUGCCAACGUGUUGUCAUUUAAUUAAAAAUUAAAAAUUCUACUAGAAUACAAAUUAGCCGGAGGAUCGGUCGAACGGUCGGUUGAGUCGUGUACGUCCGUAGUUGCAUGCAGCACGUGCUGUGGUUGAAGAGUGUACGCGCACUUUUAGACGAGUGUUGAAGCUAAAUAAGAAAACCAACACAGCAACGCAGAAUAUUGCUAAUAGGAAGUAUUGCAAGUGUUAAUCGGUCGCGUGUGACUUGAAUACGUGAGACGCGCACAACAACAACUUGCGUUUGCAUGCAACGCCACUAAGCAGCUAAAUUGCUAAAAAUUAUAACUAGAAAACAUUGAGUAAUGUGUACGCGCGUAAAUAUGACGACGUCGAAGCCCGCAAACCAUAAAAACAACAACAUCAACAAAGACAACACUAAAGUAUGCCAUAGACGUUUUAGCGUCUUGCGUCACAACAUGCCAGCUGUCAUCUGCAUCUGCAUUUGUAUGCUCAGCUAUGUGCUGCAACCCAUCUACAGUGUGGCAGCCGCCUCCUCCUCUGCUGAUUCCUCACAUGCCGACAGCGACCCUUGCUACUUCGAGGACAAGCCACGCAAGUGUCUGCCGAGUUUCGUGAAUGCAGCCUACGGUAACCCGGUGCAGGCGUCCAGCGUUUGCGGUGCGAGUAGACCGGAGCACUUCUGCGAAAUCAAUCGCGAUGGCACGCUGAGCGAGUGUAACGUGUGCGACAAUAGCCGUGCCGAAACGCGUUUUCCCGCUAGCGCCUUAACUGAUUUGAAUAAUCCCAACAAUGUGACUUGUUGGCGUUCGGCGAGCGUACCAGUGCCGGCCGAUGUCGACAUUGCGCCACCAGAUAAUGUUACGCUCACACUGUCGCUGGGCAAGAAAUAUGAAUUGACCUAUGUUACGCUGUCGUUCUGUCCGAAAUCGCCACGUCCCGACUCGUUGGCAAUAUAUAAGAGCUCUGAUUUUGGUCAGACUUGGCAACCCUUUCAGUUCUACAGUUCGCAAUGUUUAAAGUUCUAUGGACGACCGGAUCGCGCUAAAAUCAGUAAGUUCAAUGAGCAGGAGGCACGUUGUAUAGAUUCACAUCGUGAUGGUAGCACCAACCGGUUCGCAUUCAACACGCUCGAAGGUCGUCCCUCGGCCAAUGACUUGGAUGCAUCGCUGGUGCUGCAAGAUUGGGUUACCGCCACCGAUAUACGUGUCGUCUUCCAUCGACUCGAGCUGCCACGUGAGCUGGCGGCGGCGCAAGCAAAGGAUGCCGCCAAACCAGAUGCGAAUAGUUUUAGCGAUGAGAUGGGUAGCAGUCAGGAGGAUGAAGACGACGAAGAUGAAGAAUAUGACUACAAUCUACAAGGCAACGAUAGCACAUAUGAAGAUGAAGAAUAUGCUGCCGAACCAAAGAAGCAUUUGGAGUUGGACGAUGAUAAUUUAGAUUUAGACUAUCCAAACGAUGGCGGCAUCAGCAUUGUGCCAGAGGUCAAGCGUUACAGCAACAAACCAAAGUUAACCGCCUAUGAGAAACAUUACCAAGCUAAAACUGCGCUUGCUGCAGCGGCUGCCGCAGCGGUCGCGAGCACCACAAAAGCGGACACCGCAACAUUGGACAAACAUGCGGUUGGCGCGGAUGGCAAAGUGGUAGCAUCUAAGCCUACCACCACCAAGGAUCUGCUGUCCAUUUCACAGCAUUAUGCCGUUUCGGAUUUUGCCGUUGGUGGGCGCUGCAAGUGCAAUGGACAUGCCUCCGAGUGUGUAGCCACAGUGGGACCCAAUGAAGCGCUACCACGUAUGUAUAAUGCUGGCGAUGACUUCGAUGGCACUGGUGUUGCGCACGCCAAUAACAAUAACAAUGCCAACAACAAUGUGAAUGUGAAUGUCAAGUUGACAAUGACGUGCGCUUGCAAGCACAACACAGCCGGACCGGAAUGUGAACGUUGUAAGCCAUUCUACUUCGAUCGUCCAUGGGGACGUGCAACGGACACCGACGCCAAUGAAUGCAAAAUGUGCCAAUGCAAUGGACAUGCUAGACGUUGUCGCUUCAAUUUGGAACUGUAUAAGCUAUCAGGCCGCAUAUCGGGCGGCGUUUGCUACAACUGUCAACAUGACACAACCGGCCGUUAUUGUCACUAUUGCCGCGAGGGCUUUUACAGAGAUGCAACGAAGGCUUUGAAUAAUCGCAAAGUAUGCAAACGCUGCGACUGUCAUCCUGUUGGCUCCACUGGCAAAACUUGCAAUCAUCUGAGCGGUCAGUGUCCCUGCAAAGAGGGUGUGACCGGACUGACGUGUAAUCGUUGUGCACGGGGUUAUCAACAAACGCGCUCGCAUGUGGCACCCUGUAUAAAAUUACCAUCCAAAGCGAAUAUGAUACAAGCGGAGAGUGCGGUCAGCGAGUACCGAGAACCCGCAGGAGCCGAUGACGAAAUGAAAAAAUAUUGCGGCAAAUGCAAGGCCAGCCCGAAAAAACUCAAUUUGAAUAAAUUCUGCAUGGAGGAUUACGCCAUUUUAGCCAAAGUCAUUGGGCAUGACCGCGCUUCGCAGGACAUCAAUACGGAGAAAUUUUCGAUUGAACGACAAAAUGAAAUUUUCAAAUACGAAAUAAAUAUACAGACGAUUUUCAAGCGCAACCCUUUGCAGGGCACAACGAGUUCACUGCUUGGUAGGGGGCAUAUGAUGUGGCUGGUGCCGCGCAAGAGUCUCGAAUGCCAAUGCCCCAAAAUUAAGUUGAACAAAUCAUAUCUAAUACUUGGACGUGAUGCGGAGGCUGCACCCGGCUACUUGGCGAUCGGACCCAGUUCGGUGGUGCUCGAAUGGAAGGAUGAAUGGUCGUUGCGCAUGAAACGUUUCCAGCGGCGAGCGCGUAAAUGUAGUUGAAUCGAACCGGAAACGGAAUAUGUCAGAACGGAUUUCAAUUUCGUGCAUAUGGAUCGAUAUCGUUUCUUGUAUAAAUUGUACAGUUUACUCAAAUUUUUGACAUUCUUCGGUAUUAUGCUAUAAACAACAAACAAACAAAAUAACAACUAACAACAAAUAAGAAGUAACAAAGAACGUAAGAUACACAUACAUACAGAAAAUACAUAUAAUAACGUAAAAACCAAAAGAAACAACAACUAUAACAAAAUUAUAUCAAAAAACAAAAACAAAGUCAUAUUUAUGCAGAAAAUGAGAUGAAAAACACUCACACACACACAUACAUACAUAAAUGAAUGGAGUAUAAAAAGUAUUGGCGAAAAUGAAAUGUGAGCGGUGAAUUGAUUUCAUUAAAGCGUAGCGUAAAAAAUCGAUUUAAUAAAUAUGACUGUAAUGAUUUAUAAACGUGAUUAAACAGCAUGAGAGCGCACAUGCACACACAUACAUACAUGCGAGUGGAAAAUCAUGUUUGUUCGCACUGCAUUCAUUUAAUUUUCGCGAACUAUUUGAUUUCAUUUUUAAUUUUUAUUUUAUAUUGUAUUGAAAUUGCUGAUUUAUUAUUAUUUAUUUUUUUCUCAAUCACUUAAUUGUGAUUGAUUUGUUUAUUUGUCACAGCGCUCACCAGUCCAGCCAGCCACUCGCUCGCUGGCUCGCAUUUAAUGAGUUCGCUUAAUUAAGCAAAUAAUCUUUGUGAUUGUGGCAGUUAAUUUAAAAGCGUAUUAUGCAAUCGUUAGUUGCCACUCGUUCGCUAUUUUACUUAUUUUUUAUAAAUAUUCAUUUCGCGCGUUAAUUUUGCGCGUUUCACAUGAGCACCGUGUCAGCGUUGACAAAGUAGCUGCUGUUUAAGCGAUUUAAAUAUUUAAUUGCAUGGAUAACAAGGUGUAAAAGUGUGGCUAAUCAAAUCAGCUCAGUGUUUCAGUAUUCCGAAUUAACUUUUUUAUAAUAUGCUGUAUUUAUAAUUAAAGUCAUUCGUUAUUUAAGGUCAUUAGCAGUGUGGAAGUGGUGGAUGUUUUGAAAAGUGUUGGCAGCAAUAGUCGCAGUUAUUAAUUUUCAUUAACAGUACAUGCUUUACACGUCAGACUUGUCAAAAAUUAUUGAUGAUUUUAGAAUAUUUUAAAUAGUUCUUAAAAAAAAACUAUGAACACAAAUCCAUUCUUUAUGAAUAAUCGUUUUUUUUUUUAAUGAACGUCACUACGAUAGCGAACUAACAUUCCCGAACAACAAGUCUCUAAUUUCUAGCUGCAAAUGUCUCUCAAUAACUCAAUGUGGACCAUAAACAGAUCUUUGGCAACAUUUCUCAGAAAAAAUUAAACAGUUUUUUUUUAAAUUUACCAAAAAAAACUCCUCUCUGAUAAUUAAUUGAUUUCUCUCUUGGUUUUAUGGUCCUCUUAUAAUAUUAAUAUUUCAGCGAUUUCGUUCACAAUAUUUCCAAAUAGGUCUAAUAACAACAAAUUACACCAUCAACUCAUUAUUUCAUAGGGAAUAUCUUUUCGAUCAAAUCGCUUUCGAAAAUCGCUUUGGAAAAUGUAAAUAUUCAAUUGCCGUAAUAUGAGAAUUUAAUUCAAUAAUUACCAUUUGACGUGGCUUCAGUGUAUAUGGAUUUCUAAAUCCAUUUCGUAUCGUUUAACAUAAACUCAAAACGAAGUCCCAAUGAUAUAUUUUUAGAAUGAAAUAAAACGAAUUGAAAAAUAAUUCCUAAUUAUAUUGAAAAUGUAUCCAAUAAUAAAUUUAAAAAAUAUUUUCAGAAUCUGUAAAAAUAUGAAAUGGAUCUCGACACUGAAUAGCCUACUUCAAUGUGAUUAUUAGAUCAUCUUGAAUAUUUUUCAAAAAUCUCUCACAAUUUGAACUGUCAAACUUUAGCUUCAUUUCGGAUUUUUAAUAACGGGUGAUUUUUUUGAGGUUAGGAUUUUCAUGCAUUAGUAUUUGACAGAUCACGUGGGAUUUCAGACAUGGUGUCAAAGAGAAAGAUGCUCAGUAUGCUUUGACAUUUCAUCAUGAAUAGACUUACUAACGAGCAACGCUUGCAAAUCAUUGAAUUUUAUUACCAAAAUCAGUGUUCGGUUCGAAAUGUUUUUUAUCGACAAAUUUUGUUCAGCGAUGAGGCUCAUUUCUGGUUGAAUGGCUACGUAAAUAAGCAAAAUUGCCGCAUUUGGGGUGAAGAGCAACCAGAAGCCGUUCAAGAACUGCCCAUGCAUCCCGAAAAAUGCACUGUUUGGUGUGGUUUGUACGCUGGUGGAAUCAUUGGACCGUAUUUUUUCAAAGAUGCUGUUGGACGCAACGUUACGGUGAAUGGCGAUCGCUAUCGUUCGAUGCUAACAAACUUUUUGUUGCCAAAAAUGGAAGAACUGAACUUGGUUGACAUGUGGUUUCAACAAGAUGGCGCUACAUGCCACACAGCUCGCGAUUCUAUGGCCAUUUUGAGGGAAAACUUCGGAGAACAAUUCAUCUCAAGAAAUGGACCCGUAAGUUGGCCACCAAGAUCAUGCGAUUUAACGCCUUUAGACUAUUUUUUGUGGGGCUACGUCAAGUCUAAAGUCUACAGAAAUAAGCCAGCAACUAUUCCAGCUUUGGAAGACAACAUUUCCGAAGAAAUUCGGGCUAUUCCGGCCGAAAUGCUCGAAAAAGUUGCCCAAAAUUGGACUUUCCGAAUGGACCACCUAAGACGCAGCCGCGGUCAACAUUUAAAUGAAAUUAUCUUCAAAAAGUAAAUGUCAUGAACCAAUCUAACGUUUCAAAUAAAGAACCGAUGAGAUUUUGCAAAUUUUAUGCGUUUUUUUUUUAAAAAAAGUUAUCAAGCUCUUAAAAAAUCACCCUUUACCUUGGGCGAUCUCCACUAAUACCUACAGACCUAAAUAUUUGAUUCCUCAACAGUUUUUGAACUAUCCAAUAUUUCAUCGAUUUCGAGGACAAAUCCUACUUUGCCUUUAAUAUUGUAUUUAGAUAGUAAUUCUCGACUUCAAAACUCUGAUCUGUUUAAAAAUGUAUAUCAUAAAAUACGAACAGUCAUUUCACUUUAAAAAUUAAAUCGAUCUAAAAACGAUUUUCGAUUUUAUAAAUCAACAGCUGACAUUCAAACAUGAAAAAUGGAAUCAAAAUGAAAGGAAACAAGACAAAUUACCCAAACAAUCUAUAACAAUUGAACACACUACAAAUAUAUUCAAACACCAAAAUCACAGAAAUACAUUUAUAACAAAUAACGACAGCCCAAAAGUCAAAUAACAAGCAUAAUAAUAACAACAACAAAAAGCAACAACAAUAGUUUAAUGUUAACUGUCAGCAAAAGCGUAGCACCAAUACUGUGUGAAUGGCCAAAGUGGGCGUUCAAAUAGGCGACCAACAUGAUUUACAGCCUCACGGUCAUGGUCACACAACUGACAGUUAUACGGCGAUAUGCGGGAUGUAUACGCACAUACGGACAUAUAGAUAUAUAUAGAAAUAUGCAUAAUAAAUGGAGUAGAGGCCGGUAUAAAAACGUUGUGAUAUGAGUUGUGCGGCUUGGACUUGAAAUGCAAUCGAAUUUAUGCCGAAAUUUGAGAAAUCGAGUGCAGCGCGGCAGCAUUCACGCAUUCAACAAGCGUUUACUGAUUUUAGAUAGCUGAAAAAUCGGAGCACCCGCUUCUGGUAUGCUGCGGCGGCCACACUCUGGAUAGUCGACUCGUCUGGUAUGGCUUCGACUGGUUUUGCUCUGCUUUGUUGUAACAACAAAAGUCGCUUAGAUUUUUCGAAUUUACUAUGUCACUUUGUUGUUGUUGCUGUUCGAAAUGUGUUGCAUGCGCGACCACCGAAAGCGUUUAUUUUCAUCUUAAUUUAUCAACUGUUUAACAUAUUUUGGCUUCAAACUGUUGUUGUUUGUAUAUUUUUGACUUUUUGUUGUUGUUGUUGUCAUUCUUAUAAAUGCAUUUUAAAAGAAAUACUGUUGCAAACAAUGAAAGUGAUUUGUUGCCGAGAUUUUUCGUGUUUACAAUCGAUUAAUUGUUGCGUAGGGUGUGUGGUUAGAGUUGCCAGACUUUUGAAAAUGUUCUAAGUGAUGUUGUAAUGCCAAAUAAAUUAGAAUAAAGUAAUUCGGGAAUAUUAUUUAUAUUUUUUUUUAACCUGAGUUGGAGAUUUACAUGUCAAAAAUUAGUAAACAUUUGAGGUUCGGGUUGAACAGUUAUUUCCGAAAAUACCAGAAACUGAUGUCUUGAGUCUAUAAUAUUUUUAAAGUAAUUCAGAUGAUAUCAAGAACUAUUCGCACUCAUAUAUGUUGAGUGCUGCCAGUUAACUUCAUUUAUGCCAGUUGUCUGUUCGUUUCGGCACUCGCUAAGCAACUUUAGUAGGUCAUAAAGCAUAAAAAAUACUAUUUUUCGAACAAAAUACUAUUUUUAUAGUUUUAUGAUUAACAUAGAAACUGAAAACGGGUCCUACAAUGAAAUUAGGCAGCACCUCAAAAAUUAUGAAAGAGAGAAAAAAUUGUUCACAAUAAAUUUUUCCAAAAACAACCUUAAGGAUAAAAUACGAUACCCAUGAUUAAAUGAAAAAAUAAAUUUUAAAAUUUGCCAAAAAUAAUUUUUGGGUGGCAACACUAUUUCCCUAGAGUAUGUCACCUCAACAUAUGUAUCCCUUUCAAAUAUUACACUCCCAGCCAAUCACCUACGAAUAGUCAGUCAUUCAAUUCGUGGUAUGUGCCGUUAUACAAUGCGAACGAAUUCGAUAUGCGACAAUUAACAUAAUUUAUGGUACAUUUGAGUCGAUUUGACAAUCUCUUUGACAUUUGUGGCAACUGUAGCGCUUUGUGCUGCAACAAAGGCAUUACAAACAAUUCCAGUUAUAAUAUAUUGUCAAGUGGUGAAUUGUUAUAUGCGAUAGUAAUGAGACACCGAUUGCAAUGGGAGCUUAUCGAAUACUCACAUCUGGUAACGUCAACAAUAUGUCAAAGUUAUGUAAAGUUGUUUCCGAGAUAUGCGCCAUUUUCAUAUGUUAAGUGUGUUAAUUAGAUACGAAGUGGUAAAUGAAAAACCAAAUAUUAACAUUUUGCCACAUAUGUAAGUUAACUGCAUGUUGCAUAACUCAAAGUCACUUGAAUUUGAUAUUUGAAUCGAAUAGAGCAGACGUGAAUGCCGAUUUUGACAUAUUUCAAACCGAUGUGCAAUUCAAUCUCGGCUCAGUGGGUAUGUCAGUUUGAGAGGUAUGCAUAAAUGAGCAGUCAGAGAUAUACUACAUAUGAAUAUACAAUAAUUAAAAGGUCUAUAUAUAAUAAAUAAUAUUUUAUUAUAUGUUGUUUAAUGAGUUGUAUAACUGGCUUUGAUUAGUAGACUUGCCAUCUGGAACUCAUCUUGUGAUUAUUGGAGAGAUAUGAAAACCUCCAUACAAUUUACUCAACACGAAUUUUAAAAACUUCAUAUGUUAGACACUGACACUGAUAUUUCGUUUUUACAAAUUUCCAUAAUUUUUCCACAAUAACUACGCCUUUCUGGACUAACUCCUUUAACCAAAUAUAAUCACUCAUACCAGUAAAAAAGGUAUAAAUAUUUCCAGACAAAAUUUUUUCAAAGCAAGCUGCAGUAUGCAUAUUAAAACUUUUAGUUCCCUUUUUGAGGCAGCUUUCUGGAAAAUCUUAAUCUGAAGCUAAAUCCUAAUAUUUAAUUCUUAAUUUUUUAAGGCAGUGUUGGUCAAGAACAGGAAUUUGAUUUCAAUGUUGCUGGAAUACUAUAUAUUUCAAAUUUUUGAAUAUCCACGUAAAUGUUGGCUUUUCUAUUCUAAUCUAAUUUUUAAAGUUAAAAAAAUAUAUAUACUUGGUAUACUGAUACCCAUGAGGAGCACUUCGUUUUGAGUUCUUCAAAAGUAACAUCAAAUUCGUAAUCAGCGACCCCGACAACCCCGAGUAACGAGUUUCAAGCGAUUCCGAUGAAUUUUUCAAAAUAGCGUUCGCCAUAUUGGAUUCGCCAUUUUGAAUUUUGAAAAACCGACACCGGAUUCGUCAACAGCGACCCCGAAAACCCCCGAUUUCCUAGCGAUUCCCAUGGAGUUUUAAAAACACUGUUUGACAUAUUGUUUUUCUGGGGUUAUCUUAAAACCCUGAUGUGAUGGGGUUAAACGGACCUCGUAUUCGGAUUCAGCGACCCCAAACACAUACAUAGGUCACACAUAAUAAGACCCCCAGGUCAUGGCAAGACAUUUUUUUGUGAGGCUGUGUUAUCAAUCAAAGUUUUUGAGAAUGGAAUGGGAGGUUCUAAAGAAAAAGUUGAAGUGAAAAAUCGCCUGGAAUAUUUAAUCUAAGGAAAUUGUUUCUUACUAUGUUUAACUUAAAAUUGGAAUUUUUUGAUUGGAAUCAAAUGCGAAUGAGAAAUUUUGGAUGUAUACCAAAUUAUACCAGAGAGUUAGCUACGAGAAUUGACUGAAAGUAAUCUUAUGUCGUUAAAUUAUUACUUUCUAAUAAAAGCAAUGAGGUUAAGGACAACAUCGAAAAUAAAAUUGUUUCUAAAACAGCCCAACAGUUUACAAUUGGAAACUUCAUUCCAAAAAUCAACUAUAUAGAGUAGAUCCAUAUUUAUACCAAUUAUGGAAUCAUAUGCUAUUGAGUUACUUCAUUGAACCAAGUCAUUUUGGUUAAAAUUUUUUUUUUGAAAAAUUAAGAAACUAUAGUAAUUCUUAUCUAAAUCUGGUAAUUGCAAAUUUAAUUAGACAUUUAAAAAAUAUCUUCUGAAUGACAUUUGGAUGACUGGUUUCAUCAGGCUUUCAGUUCGUACUAGUUGAUUUCACUGCUGGGUCUAGUCUAUAGUCUGCAGAUAACUAAACUAUUGUAUCUAAAUAUGUAAAAUUAUUAAAAGCAAUUAUUCUACUUCAAUUAUUAUUGAAAUUUGCAUUUUUUGACAGCAAACUGACAAAUAAACGGAAUAAUUAUUUUUAAUAUAUACAGACUUACAAACCAAAACAUUUAUUUAUGCGGAAAAACAUAAAUCAACACAAGCACCAGCCAAAUUUAAAGAAAAUUCAGCAAUUUACUGAAUAUAAUUACAGCAUUUAGUUGCCAUUUAAAACAGUUAAACGCGGGUAUUUAUAUAAAACAAUAACGAAAACAAAUAUGAAAAAUAAAAAAAUAAAAAAAUAAAAAAAAUGUGAAAAAAAUUGCAAAUGAAUAAAAUUAAAAAUGCAUUAAGUUAAUUUUGCUACUGUUAUAUCCUGCCGACGCACACACUUACAUAGAUUGUUGUUGUUGGCACAUGCUGGAAUUGCAACAUUUCGUGUAAGCGCAAUUCCAACCUGUCAGCGGCAUAUGCCAUUGUGGCAAAUGCAUACAUACAGUUACAUUUUGCUUGUAUAUUUAUGUAUGUGUGCCUGUGUUAGUUGUGCCACAUAAAGUUCUGCAACAAAUAGAGCACUCACGCACAUAAACGCACAGUUGUUACAAAUUUGUUGUGUAUACAUUUAUUAAUAAGUGCCAUGAAAAGCAACAAAAAAAACUUACACAACAAGCAAAAAAAAUCCAUUGUAACAUGAAAAUCCGUGUUACUCAUCAGCGGCAUGUCUGCACUUCGGUACGAUUUUUAUUCGAUUUAUUAUAGUUGCCUGUAUUCUAUGUAGUUUGUUGUUGUUGCUUUUGUUCUGCGAGUAUUUGUGGUUAAUGUGGCUGCUCGUCGGUAUAUGCCAUUUGCACACGUUUUUUCAAGAGUUCUCAUAUAUAGUUACAUAUAUUUUUUAUAUAUGAUAUGUAUAUUUGUAUGCAUGGCUGACAGCUGCUGAUGUGACAGGUGGGGCUGCGCAAAUGAAAUUAAUAACUUUAACUGACAGCAGACAAUGCCACACAGUUGGUAGAUCAAAUGUGUGAAUAUUUGCCAUUUGCCAGUGUCACGAAGUCGAGAUUUAUUUCAAUUCAAUUUGCAAGUAACUUCCUGUUGUGCGAUUGAAUGAUUUGUAUUUCUUUUUUUAAGAAAUGUGUAAACAUUUGUGACAUUUACUAUGACCCUUUUCAAUAAUUAAUCGUUCAUGGAGUUUUCUAUUUGAUAGAUCGAUUGUUUCCAAAAAUCGGUAAAGGCAAGAUGAGGCCUACAGAAUUAAAAAAAAUAACCCAAAGUGCAAUCUUACUUCUAACAGAGACACAUAACAUUGCUAGAGUAAAUAAAAAGACCUAUUCCUCACACAUUCACAUAAAUUCCCCUUAUCGUGUAGCAUACCUUUAGGGUUUCAGAAAUAUAGCUUGGUAAAAUUUCGAAAAUAUUGUAUAGAAGGGAAAGGAGAACGAAAUGAAAGUGCGAAAUUUUGGAAAACAACAACAAAAACAUUUCGAAAUAUUUCGUUUGAGAAAAACUGUGGAGUUAGAAUCUCUUUCAUUAAUUUCAGUUCAAUAUGUAUUCAUUGAAAUCGAUAAAAAUUUCCACAUAAUUAUUUUCUAUUUUUAACAAAAAGUGGAAAAAAAUGUACCUAGUGACCUCUGGCGAAAUGUAUAAAGACUAAUGUAUUGCAACUGAAACUAUUUAGUAGGCCUUAAAUUAUUGGAAAAAUCAGCAUACAGGGUGCAUAAUGAAUUGAAAUGAUAUCUUUUAGCUGGGUUCUCUAUUAUUUUUUCAACAAUUUAGUGAUAAUUUAAAAACUAAUAUUUGUUUUGAGCUUACCAGAGGUCCAAAGAAUGGUCUCAACUGGAGAUUUUUGUGUCCCGUAAUAUCACUUUUUGAUAUCAAACGCUGUGGAGAGUCUGUCGGCAAUAAUUUUUGACCAGAUUGCACCUUAGCUAAAAGUGGGUCACAAAUUGGUUACACUGAAGUCACAAUUCCGAGCGUCAUGACGAUAUGACUCAUGUAGUAUCACUCUCUUUGAAGUUAUCAGAAACUGUUCAUGAGAUAUUCUUGAUCGUAAAUUAACUGCAUGCUGGGGAUCACUCACUGUUUUAAGUUCGGCAAAGUUCUACACUAAGAAUAGAAGUGUUGUCAGAGGAUAUCUAUUGUACAUGAGGUUUUCGAUGAAAUAUCGAAUGACUAUUUUCCAUUAGAAAGACACUUUUUGUACAAAUUUUUGUGAUGGAAAGCUAUUCGUGGUUAGAAUUUUAAUAAAAAUGAGAUUUCCUAAACGUUUCUUCGGCAUGUAAAUGCGCAAUUCACUCAGUAUC